CGCGCCGCCCCCGCCGCCGCCCCCACCACCAGGCUGGGCUGGAGUUGCCGGUAGUGGGAUUUGAAGGUGAUGGCCCUGACUGCAGGCCUUGUGGUGCCGUCGCUCGCUGUUCCUGCAGUCUCUGCCGAGGCGUCGGUCCGCUCAUCGUCAUGAGAGGAGACAGAGCCCUGAAGCAAAGAAAUCUGGAUCACAGAAAAAGUAUUCAAAGGUCAUGCAAGCCAACUGUAGCCAACUGCACAGUCCUCCAGGAGCUGCAGGCAGUGAGGAUGCCUCAGCCUCCCAGUGUGUCCAUACGAGAUUGACAGGAGAAAAUUCUUGUCUUCAUUCUGGAGAUGUUCAUAUUCAGAUAAACUCCAUACCUAAAGAAUGUGCUGAAAAUCCAAGCUCCAGAAAUAUAAGGUCAGGUGUCCAUAGCCGUACCCAUGGAUGUGUACAUAGUCACUUACGAAGUCACUCCCACAAUGAAGCAAGGCAGCCUGAUGAUCCUGCCACGGAGUCUGGAGAUCAUGGUGGUAGCUCCUUCUCAGAAUUCCGGUAUCUCUUCAAGUGGUUGCAAAAAAGUCUUCCAUAUAUUUUAAUUCUGGGUGUCAAACUUAUUAUGCAGCAUAUAACAGGAAUUUCUCUUGGAAUUGGGCUGCUUACAACUUUUAUGUAUGCAAACAAAAGCAUUGUAAAUCAGGUUUUUCUAAGAGAAAGGUGCUCAAAGAUUCAGUGUGCUUGGUUACUGGUAUUCUUAGCAGGAUCUUCUGUUCUUUUAUAUUACACCUUCCAUUCUCAGUCACUUUAUUACAGCUUAAUUUUUUUGAAUCCUACUUUGGACCAUUCAAGCUUCUGGGAAGUACUCUGGAUUGUUGGAAUUACAGACUUCAUUCUGAAAUUCCUCUUCAUGGGCUUAAAAUGCCUUAUUUUAUUGGUGCCUUCUUUCAUCAUGCCUUUUAAAUCCAAGGGUUACUGGUAUAUGCUUUUAGAAGAAUUAUGUCAGUACUACCGAACUUUUGUUCCCAUACCAGUUUGGUUUCGUUACCUUAUAAGCUAUGGGGAGUUUGGUAAUGUAACUAGAUGGAGUCUUGGGAUAUUGCUGGCUUUACUCUACCUCAUACUAAAACUUUUGGACUUUUUUGGACAUCUAAGAACUUUCAAACGGGUUUUGAGAAUAUUUUUUACACGACCAACUUACGGAGUGGCUGCCAGCAAGAGACAGUGUUCAGAUGUGGAUGAUAUUUGUUCAAUAUGUCAAGCUGAAUUUCAAAAGCCAAUUCUUCUCACCUGUCAGCAUAUAUUUUGUGAAGAGUGCAUUACUUUAUGGUUUAACAGAGAGAAAACAUGUCCGCUGUGCAGAACUGUGAUUUCAGACCAUAUAAACAAAUGGAAAGAUGGAGCUACUUCAUCACACCUUCAAAUAUAUUAAGCUGUAUAAACUAUUAAGACCACAAAACACUAAUUUCUUUUGGUUAUAGUGAUUAUUGAUAAAGAUAUUAGAAUGGAUUUUCAGUGCUAGAAGUUAAAGAAAAUGUUUCCAAAUGGUUUUAGAAUAUAUAAUAAGACUUAAGAGUGUAGUCCAAUUUAUCAAAAGAUUAAAUGAAAGAAUCCUGUGUUUAAAAAAAUAUAUAAGUAAUGUUCAACCUAAUGCAUAUGCAACAUUUAUUCUAUCCUAUUUGACAGGUCAUUGCAGUGUUAAAUUGUAAAUGUGUUUCUGGUUAAUGUUACCAAAAUAGCAAUUGGAUAACUAGAACUAGUGGUUUCAGAGGAACUCAGGUAUUCUUUCCUGACAUUGUUUUUAGAAUAAAGAAUAUUUUUCAUAGUAUUUUAAGAUACACAAAAUCUGAAAGUAGAAUUUUCUUUAGCAUUGACUUUUAUAAUUCCCAUUCUUAAAAUUUGUAUUUUUAAAUGAAAGUUCUAAAUGCUAUAUUUUACCUGUAACAAUCAGAUUUUCUAAGUGAAGAUUAAUUUACUGAGGAUGAUAUAUUUUAGUAUUCUAUUAUUCUCUGUACUACGAUUAGGAAUCAAUGAAAAUAGAUGAUUUAAAUUCA